UGUGAUUUCAUUCAUAUUUUCGAAUUUUAAUCCAUCUUUUAUUAGCCAACAAUAACAUGUACUGUUACACAAUUCAAGUGACCCUGAGUCCUCCCUUCCAUGGCGACAACCACCCACCUCUCCUUUACCCUUUUAUUCCUCAGCAUCUUUCAUUUCCUCCUCUCAGCUUCGCUAGAACUUGCUUCUGAAAAAACUCCUACAUUCCCCAAACAAGCCCUUCCUACCAAAUCUGGUUACCUCCCAGUUACCCCCACUUCUGCUUCUGCAAUUUUCUACACUUUCUAUGAAGCCCAAAACUCAACUUCUCCUCUUUCUCAAACCCCACUUCUCAUUUGGCUCCAAGGUGGCCCCGGUUGCUCCUCCAUGAUUGGCAACUUCUACGAGCUUGGACCCUGGCGUGUCACCAAAUCCCUUACCCUUCACCCCAACCCUGGUGCUUGGAACAGAAUUUUUGGCCUUCUUUUUCUUGAUAAUCCAAUUGGAACUGGCUUCAGUGUUGCCUCCACGCCAGAAGAAAUUCCAACCGAUCAAAGCACCGUUGCUAAACACCUUUUUGCUGCUAUAACAAGGUUCAUUCAACUUGAUCCUGUUUUCAAGAACCGUCCUAUUUAUAUUACAGGGGAAAGCUAUGCUGGCAAGUAUGUACCUGCAAUUGGGUAUUAUAUAUUGCAGAAAAAUGCAAACUUGAAGGUUUCUGAAAGAGUGAAUUUGGCUGGUGUGGCAAUUGGUGAUGGGUUAACCGAUCCUGUAGCCCAAGUGGUCACUCAUGCUGCCAAUGCUUACUAUGUUGGGUUGAUCAAUGAGAGGCAAAAGAAUGAAUUGGAGAAAGCUCAAUUGGAAGCAGUUAGAAUGGCCCAGAAGGGGAAUUGGAGUGAAGCAACAGAUGCGAGGAACGAAGUCUUGGACAUGUUACAAAACAUGUCGGGGUUGGCUACUUUGUAUGACUAUACAAGGAAAGAACCUUAUCAAAGUGAUUUGGUUGAGCAGUUCUUGAACAUCACUGAGGUGAAGAAGGCCUUGGGAGUCAACGAAUCAUUUGUAUAUGAGAUAUGCAGUGAUAUUGUUGGGGCUGCAUUACAUGCUGACGUAAUGAAAAGUGUGAAAUAUAUGGUGGAGCACUUGGUAAGGAAGACUAGGGUGUUGUUGUAUCAAGGUCAGUACGAUGUGCAGGAUGGUGUGGUCCAAGCAGAGGCAUGGGUGAAGACAAUGAAAUGGGAAGGGAUUGUGGAGUAUCUGAAUGCUGAAAGGAAGAUAUGGAAAGUAAAUGGAGAGCUUGCAGGGUAUGUACAAAAUUGGAAGUCACUCACCAAUGUUGUAGUUUUGGGGGCUGGCCAUGUUUUGCCUACUGACCAACCUCUGAAUUCUCUGGCAAUGAUAGAAGAUUGGGUUUUGGAAAGGGGUGAGUUUAAGGGUUUGGAGGAUGAAAAGGUAUCGAGAAAGUGUAUACUUGUUAUGUAAC